AUGUCAUUUGACAACAUGAAGAAAGUCAAUAACUUGAAUUUAAACAACAAACCAUCGUUGUUAUCGACAUCGUUGGCCAACCAAAGGCUUAUGGAUCAACAGAAUAUGAUAGAUUCCAAUUUGCCCGGAGUUUCUAGUGUCAUGGAAGAAGAAGAAGAUUAUAGUGAUCAUCCAGAACCUGAGUUGUUAGCUACUUCAGUAGAUGGUAAGUUGAUACCUUCUUCUUCUAGCAUUUCAUUAUUUUCAUUGAACCAAUCACAGCAGUACAGUCCAAAGAUUCAAAGUCAGACGUUUUCCCAGCUUACACCAGUACAGCAAUCUCCGCAACAAUCACAACAAUCACAACAAUCACAGUCACAACAGUCACAACAAUCAAUAGUAUCACCAUUAGCAUCACAAACAGCAUUAUCAACUCAACCACAAACCCAAUCACAACAGUACACCAGUCCUCAACUUGUUCAAGGAGAAUUACGUAGAGGCAGAAAUUCCGUCAGUUCCCUCAAUCAAAAACGUUAUGAAAACUAUAGACUUACAAGUCCACCAAUCCAAGAUCCCGUGGUGGCUAUCCCCAUCAACAAUAAAAAUUUAAAUGUCCCUGAUUCCCCCAAUUUAGAUCCUACAUCAUUAACAGGGUCACCUUCAAGAUUCUGGCUUUCUAGUCAAACACCCCCUAAACUGUUGAACAACAGUUACAAACGAUUAUCAGGACUUUCAGAAUAUCAGAAAAACCAAUUGAAUCAUCAAUUAUCCAACUUACAGUUGCAACAAAUCCAAUCAGUCCAACCUAUGAGAAUACCCAAAGACGUUAGAGAUUCACCUAUUUUGAAUCCUCAAACCCCCAACGAAGACCAACCAAUGACACCGCUUUAUUUGAACAAUAAUUACCUUACUAGCAAUUACUUUACCAAGGAUGCCCAUAUUGAUGAAGAAGAUGAAGAGAUGGUUUAA